GGGAAUAAUGAAGAAUGAAGUGUGCUGAAGAGUACUGACUGAAGAGACCCUACAAAAACAAUGAAUGCCACGCACCAGCAUCACCAUGGAUCAUUCCACCUACGGAACCACAGCUCUGGAGCUCUGCCUUUCAGCAAUCAGCAGCCCCAGGCUAUGGCGGAGAGAAUACGUGGUUUGCCUGGGUGUUACGAGCAGCUGCUCAUCUCCACUGAGGUUUUCCUCACGCUGGGCAUCGUCAGCCUGCUGGAGAACAUCCUGGUUAUUGCCGCCAUCAUCAAGAACAAGAAUCUUCACUCUCCCAUGUACUUCUUCAUCUGUUCUCUGGCCGUUGCUGACAUGCUGGUCAGCGUCUCCAACGCCACUGAGACCAUUGUCAUGGCGAUGAUCACUGAUGGCAACUUGGGGAUUGGCGGUGGCAUGAUCAAGAGCAUGGACAACGUGUUUGACUCCAUGAUCUGUAGUUCCCUGCUGGCGUCUAUCUGGAGCCUGCUGGCCAUCGCUGUUGACCGUUACGUGACUAUCUUCUACGCGCUACGCUACCACAACAUUAUGACCGUACGCCGGGCUGCCGCCAUCAUCACCAGCAUCUGGACCUUCUGCACUGUGUCAGGCGUUCUCUUCAUCGUCUACUCGGAGAGCACUACCGUCCUCAUCUGCCUCAUCAUCAUGUUCUUCAGCAUGCUGGUGCUCAUGGCCUCGCUGUAUGUCCACAUGUUCAUGCUGGCGCGUCUGCACAUGAAGAGGAUUGCCGCUCUGCCGGGCAACGGCCCCAUCUGGCAGGCAGCCAACAUGAAGGGGGCCAUCACCCUCACCAUCCUCCUGGGGGUGUUCAUAGUUUGCUGGGCGCCCUUCUUCCUCCAUCUCAUCCUCAUGAUCUCCUGCCCCAGAAACCCCUACUGUAUGUGCUUCAUGUCUCACUUCAACAUGUACCUCAUUCUCAUCAUGUGUAACUCUGUCAUCGACCCGCUGAUCUACGCCUUCAGGAGCCAGGAGAUGAGGAAGACCUUCAAGGAGAUCUUCUGCUGCUGGUAUGAUAUUACCUCUCUGUGUGUCUCUGUGUGAAAUUCCCAGCAGACACUGAACCUUAUGGAGAUACUGUAUGUGAACUGUUCAGGGACAGUUUCAAAGAAACAGUAUUAUAAUAUCUGUAAAUAAGGACAACUUUUCAUCUUUGCCUUAUGAGCCAAAUAAC